ACGUGUUUACGUUCAGUUGGGAUCCACCUCUCUCCCUCACUCAAAACCAGAGAGAGAGAAAAAAACCUGCCUGAAUUGAAGUCACGGCUUAUUUCACAUCCGGUUUACAGACGGGCACAUUAGUAUAGGUUCGGUAGAGUAAAGCUUCCUGCAACCUGCAGUUCCCCUCCAUCCUGUAGAUCCCGUGCAAAUGAAAUAAUUUGCCGCUUCUCCUACACGUACAAGAAGGCAGCGAGACUGUGACGGCUCCCGCAGGGGAAUGCUGAUCACAGCCAGGAGAGAUUGCAUCGUGUGUCUGCUGCUUCUGAUUCAGACGUUGGUCCCCCCUUAAAAAAAAACAUCAAAGAGGGAGAGAGAGCAGGGAAAGAAAAAGCCAACAAGCAGCGAGACCUAUGCGUUUUGCAUUUCAAGUCAGCAGCUUAACAACUCAGCAGAGAAGUUUACAACACCAACCCAAUCUUCUGGGGUGAGAAGCGCCGCUCCCAAUACUGGAAGAAUCCACAUCGUGUUUGCUUCGUGGAUUGCUAUGGAGCGAAUUACUGCCCUCACCAGCUGCGUGUCGACGAUAUUCUGGUUUCUGUUCCUAAACGCAGCAUUCCGCCCAAGCUUUGCAAUGUCUGAUGAAGCCAAGAACAACAUCACAAUCUUCACAAGAAUCCUCGACAGUCUUCUGGAUGGAUAUGACAACCGUCUGAGACCAGGCUUGGGAGAGCGGAUAACACAGGUCAAGACUGAUAUCUAUGUAACAAGCUUUGGGCCUGUUUCAGAUACUGAUAUGGAAUAUACAAUAGAUGUAUUUUUUCGCCAGAGCUGGGAAGAUGAAAGGUUAAAAUUCAAAGGACCCAUGACUAUACUUCGUUUAAAUAAUUUGAUGGCUAGCAGAAUAUGGACACCAGACACUUUCUUCCACAAUGGAAAAAAAUCAGUAGCGCAUAACAUGACUAUGCCUAAUAAAUUGUUGAGGAUAACUGAAGAUGGAACACUCUUAUACACAAUGAGAUUGACAGUUCGUGCUGAGUGUCCUAUGCAUUUGGAAGAUUUCCCAAUGGAUGCUCAUGCAUGUCCUCUAAAAUUUGGCAGUUAUGCAUACACAACAUCAGAGGUCAUGUACACGUGGACACACGGAGCUUCCCAAUCAGUUGUUGUAGCUGAAGAUGGCUCCCGUCUGAAUCAAUAUGACUUAAUGGGACAAAGCGUGGGGACAGUCAUUAUUAAAUCCAGUACAGGUGAAUAUGUUGUUAUGACUGCUCAUUUUCACUUGAAGAGAAAAAUUGGCUACUUUGUAAUUCAAACAUACUUACCAUGCAUCAUGACAGUUAUUCUCUCCCAAGUAUCAUUCUGGUUAAACAGGGAGUCUGUCCCUGCAAGAACUGUCUUUGGGGUCACAACUGUAUUGACCAUGACAACUCUGAGCAUCAGUGCCAGGAACUCACUCCCCAAAGUUGCAUAUGCAACUGCUAUGGAUUGGUUCAUUGCUGUUUGUUAUGCUUUCGUGUUUUCAGCACUUAUUGAAUUUGCCACAGUGAACUACUUCACAAAGAGGAGUUGGGCUUGGGAUGGAAAAAGCUUAGUUCCUGAAAAGAGAAAGGAAAAAGAUCGAGAGGCUCUAUUGAAGAAAAACAACACCUACACAGCAACCUCAGCGAACUUUGCACCAAACAUUGCAAAGGAUGCAGGUCUGGCAACUAUUGCGAAGAGUGCUGGUGCAGAAUCCAAAGAACCCAAACCAGAGCAAAAGCCUCCAGAACCGAAGAAAACUUUCAACAGUGUCAGCAAAAUUGACAGACUGGCCAGAAUAGCAUUUCCAUUAAUGUUUGGCAUUUUCAACUUGGUUUAUUGGGCUACUUACUUGAAUCGAGAAUUAGUUAUCAAAGGUGAUGAUGAGCAUAACUAGGAAGCAAAGAAAAAAAGUUUAGAUUUGAAAAUAAUUUCACUUGUUGGGAAAUUCUAUGAAACUUCUAACAAAUUAUAGCUCGCCAUUCAAUUUGUUGCAUAUUAUCUUUGUCUUUAGCCCUUUCCGAGACAAAAAUACUAAUAUUUAUUUGACAGUGUCAGAAAGAACUCACAAGCUCUCUCUCGAUAAGUGUAUAAAGCAUUAUACUUUGGUGAGACCAGUCUAUUUCUGUGAUGCAACUGACCGAACAGAAUUAUUAUUGAUUAGCUAUUCUCAUUUUACAAGUACUUCCUUUUUGCAGCGUGUCCAUAACAGAACAAAUUUGAAUUUUAACUAUUCUCACAGCAGGGUUUAUGUAAAAUAGUCUUAAUCAUUUCUGGCUCUUGACCAGGAAUAGUGAGAAGCUUUUCCAUAGUCAGGUAAAGUCCAUGAUCGACACUGGCUGCAGACUAUAUAGAUUAUUUUCUUUACUUUCAGGAUCUUUUGAGGAAAGAAGUUUUCAAAUGUAGAACUUUAUACUGUGAAGGUUGUAUAUGGCUUAGUUAUAUUUCCUUUCAAGUUAUAUGAACCAACCAUUUAUAACAAUACAUGAGCAAAACAUAGUUUUGAAUACAAUUAAUUUUUAUGCACCAAAGUGGCAAUAGAUAUUAAAAUAAUCAGUGGGGCUCAUGACCUGAGCAGUUCAUUAUAGAAUAAUAAGACCAUAAUGUAAGGACUGUGUGCUGUCAACUGGUACAUAAUAAUUUCUUGCCUUGAGAAGUGAAGCGAAGAUUAAUUUAUGAAAUAUCCUCCCUCUUCCUUCCAAAAAACUGUUAAAUUAGCUGCUUAUUUCUUUACUUUAAAUGACAAGAGCAUUUACAUUAGCAUUAUAUAAAAGCCUGGAAGAUCCAAAAUACCCUAUGAUGUUAAGUGAUAUAUGGAUAUGAUAGCAAAAGUUCUACAUAACCUUUAACUUCUGUUUCAAAGAUAUCAAUAAAGGUCGUUCAUUCCGUUUUCUUCAGCCAGGAAAGAUACCAAUGAAAACCACUGAAACAUCUUGUAUUGGAAAGGGUUAAAGAACCAUGCAAGCAUUCUUCUGAAAACUGAAAGCUCACUAAAUUAAGAGAUCACAAAAUUGACUUAUUUCAUUGAUUUCAGCUUAUUAAAUAUGAUGUUAUUUUAAUGUCUUGUUUUUUUUUCCCUUGUUAGUUUUAAAAUACAAAAACAGGAUAAAAGGUAACAGCACAGCACUCCAAGUGGUCUUCCGUUCAAAGCUUAUUAAUGUUUUCUUGCACAAAUAUAUCCUUGUUCAUGUUUGAAUGAACUGAUUUUCAUGACUUUCAGGUGGCAAUGUGCUUGUAGUAAUUAAAUAAAAGUACAAAGUGCUGAAAAUACCUGGCAUUACUGACAGCAUUUGUGGAGAUCCAAUACUAAUGUUUUAAGUCAAAUAUGACUCAUAUUUAACAAAAAGUGUUAACUUUGCUUCUGUUUCCAUUGAUGCUGCCCCAUUUGCUGGGUAUUUCCAGAACCUUUUCCUUUAUUUUCGGAUUUCCAGCAUCCCCAGAUUUUGUGUUUAUAAUUGUACUUAGUUUUUUUUCUAUAUAAGAGUGGAACCUUACAUUUUUGCCCAUUGGUAUUACUUGUAUUGCUAAGAAAACUGAAUGACAUCCAUGAAUCCUUCUCUGGAGACUGUUUGGCAAUGUUUUACAACAGAGAUAUUUAUCAGGGUGCUAGACACCAACACAUAAAAACAUUUAAAAAAUAAGUUUUCUAAAUAAAAAAAUGACUUUGCAAAACCCUUUUCACUGCCAUUGGUAACAUUGUACUAUACGGAUCUCUCAUUUUCAACUUUGAUGUGUAAAUCCUACCCACUCUAAUUCAUACCAACAAUUUGAACUAAUUAAAGCAAUGAAAAUUUAAGAAAAAGAGAGAAAUCCCAGUUCAAUGGGAAAUCCAGGAACAUAAACCAGGCGAGGAAGGAAAUGAAAAUAUUUUGAACAGGUUGUAAGGAUAUUCUAGAUGUAACGUAAUAUUGUUAUUCAUUCAUAUUCUUAUGUCUUUGGUUUCACCAUGUCUAUAUUACAUCUACAUAUCUCCACACCCAAGCCCCCUAUCCACUGCAUUCCUGUGAAUAUCAAAAUCAUUUUAUCACAUCAUGUGUACAUUCUCUGCCCUGCCAUUGACAAUAAUGACACCUUUUGAUCAUGUGUUUCUGUCUAUCUUCUGGCACACAUCUCAGGAGUUGUCACUUGGAGCCAUAUGGCUAAAACUAUCAUGCAGCAACAUGCAUUGGGCUGUCACUAAAGUUAUGUGUAGAUUGCUGGAGGUGAGCUACAUGCUGAUGAAAUGCUUUAACUUUCAUUCAAUUGCAAAAUAAUUUAACAUGGAUUAUGGUCAAUGUUCCAAGAACAUUAAACAAAAUUUCAAUAUUUUCUAAUAUGGACUGGUCCAUCCAUAUUUGAUCAAUAGUGAGAACUCAAGUUAAAAUUUGAGGUAUUCUUCAUAUAAUUUGAAUAUAAAUAAUUUGAGAACUUUUAACAAAAUAUAACAGGUCUGAAAACUUUGAGAUGAUAUUAUUCUUUUUCAAAGUGUUACUAAGAUUUAACUUCUGUUUUCUAUAAAUUGAAUCCUUCCUGUCUUAUGAAUAUGCUGAGGAAACUGCAAUACACAGUAAAUAGUACGAAUCUAUUUAAGGUAGUGUUUGAUCAGUGCGGAAGGAAGCUCAAUUCUCAACAAAAUCACUGGAGAACACUGUCAUAGAUCAGAUAAUAAAUUAGCUUUUUAAUAUUAGCUUUAUGAACUGCACAACAUUUAAAUUUUAUGAAGUUAUUAUUGAAAUCUGAUAAACUAUUAAUUGACGCAAGUAUUCAAAAACAUCUUUUUUAAAAGUACUGAAGGAUUUUUUUUGCUUUGUUUUCUGUGAAAUUACUUUUUGCUCUCCAAUCUUCACCCACAAUCAUCACCACCUUGUUCAACUGAUCAACCUCAAGGUCAAAGUCUUGUUCAAGUCUUGAAUAUGUUGGUUAUACAAGGAUUUUAUAAAAAAUCAAUGCUGGAUCCCCAUGUAUCAACCUGAGCUGAAAGGAAAUUUGUGUCAGCACAGGAAAAAAAGAUGUUGAAUUUGUUUCGAAAAAGGUACCCUUUCUUUAAUAUCCAAAUAGCAAUUAUAGUUAGUAGAGUGAUUCAUUUUGGAGAGUACCUUCAACCAAAAAAACUGUGAUGUUGUGCAGUUUCAGAACUUCUUAUAUCAAAAAGAGCAAACAAUGAAACCAAUUGAAAACCAAAAGGCACAAAUCAGUACUGGGCACACCGGCAUAUAUUAUAGUGAUUUAAAAAAAAAACAAAUUGUGAAAUAAUUCUUAUCUCUUCCAUUUAAUUCAAGGAAGAUGAUGAAAAAUAUGUUCUAAUGAAUUACCCCAACAUUUCUAAAUAAUCCAAAGAAGUUUUUUAAUACUUAUUGGUAUUCCUGAGUUUUGGCACCAAGACAGCCUGGUUAACAGUGUUUUGUGCAGAGUUCAGUUUGAUGUAACUUCAGCGCCACGUUUCGUAGGAAGGAUAAGGCCAUACUAAGUACUCCAAAUUUUUAAUGUCAAUGGAGCAAAAUUUAUAGACAUGUCACUUGCGAUCAGCUUAAAAUUUCAGUUUGCAGGCAGCCUCUGAACAGUUCAUUCUAAAGCUUAAAACACGAGUAGCUCUGUCAGACUGAAAGGCACCAAUUAGUGUCAAGGCAUUUCUUUUUCUGACAAUUAAGAAUUUAGGUGCAAUUUGGUAAUACAUACUUCUCCUUUAAUUAAAUCCAGUUUGUAAAUAUAUUAUCCAAAUAUUUAUUUACAAACAAUAUACCUUUGUAGUUGAAAAGUGCAGUGUUGAAGGAGGACUCGAAAGUAUAACAAUGUCAAGCUGACAAAAUCCCUCAUCUUCAUAACUGCCUUAUAUUUUAGCAAUAUUGCUGUAAGAAAAAUAUACUUCAGAUGUAAGGGCUUCUAGUUUCUGUGGAAAUAUAACUUUAAAUAACCUGUGUAGAUAAAAUUGUAUAGAAUUUUAUUUUAUUUGGUGGAGAGUGGGGGCAGCUCCUUCUUUCUUGUAAAUGCUUCAGACGUUUUUGCUGUCUGUUUCAAAAGUUUCUUUUUAUUUGUAGACAGUCUCAUCUUAAAAGAAUGCUGUCGUUUUGAACCACUGCUAUCUAAGUGUUACUCCCUAUAUCUUCAUGCGUCUUUUGCACAUUGUUGUGAAUAAUCUAAUGAAAUUAGUCAGCUUUUUUUGCUAUGCAAUAACUGCUUUGUAUCACUUCUUCGUUCUCAAUUUAUAGAUGUAAAUGUGAAUUGAUAAAUAAUGUAUAGAGUAAAUACACUUUACCAAAUUGAAGUAUCCUAACUGAGCUUUUAUAAAGAGCUUUGCAGAGUCAGAUACCAGGGGGUUUUGUUAAAUUACAAAAAAUCCCAAACUUUUAAAUCCAAUUUGAAAUAACCCGGUCAGUGAAGGUUGGAGUGUUAAAGGAGUGUUAAAGACUUAGGAACUGACUAUCAUAGUUUCUAUUUGUUGUAGUAAACACUGACUGAUUUGAAAGCUUUGAAUUGCAAUUUCUGUCAUUUGUUGAUCAUUUUUUCCAAUUAUAUUAAAUAAUAAUUUUGAAACGUAAAGUGAGGUACAGAAUUCAAAUUUAUUCAGAAAGCUUGGAAUUUUUAACAAAACAAUUGGACAGAACCCCCUAUUCUCUGAAAUCAUUUUGUCUUCCUUGCUGAAUACAAUUAUUAUAUUGGAAGGCUGCUAAUUACUGUUGGACUAAUGGCAAGUACUUAGCUAAAGCGUCAAAUGACGUUCGUACAUUUGUCAAAUGGUGAGCGAUAUAAUGUACCCAGAUGCAAUAAAUCCCAUUAAGGCUGUGGUAUUCCUUUUUGACCCGCUCAGGCUUCACUUUAGAAUUGCUAUGAACUGUUCUUAUUUUUAAAUAAAUCUUUUCUCUACCCAAACAAAUUUACUUGAAAUUUGCUGUCUCUGAUCAUAUCGUUCUUACUGUAACAGUUUGUCUAUUAUUUGUAACAAAAGUAAUGCCUUUGCCGGAACUCUUGAGUUUAAAAGGAGACAAAACAUAUAAAGACAUUUUGAGAAAAGGCAAAAAGGACCAAGCCAUCAACCUGUGCCAUGUACGUUACCUGUAAUUGCAUUAUGAUUCAUUUUUUUUUAAUAUAAUUGCCUUGUUUGGUCAAAAGGAGAAUACUACAACUUUAAAAUCCUGAAAAGAUUGUAUUAGGGUCUGAUGCGAGACAUAAGAUAUUUUAUUGGAUUAUAGAGUUUAUCACAAGUUCUUGAAUAUAUUUCAGUCUCUUAUAGUUGCUACUGAACUAGUUGAUGAUAAUAAACUUAAAUUAUUGGUCAACUCCUGAGUCAUUGUAUCAGCAGCAGCACCCUUCAGUUACGUUUAGAUCAAUUUGCUAUAAUAUAUAAACCAUUAUAUUUUUAAAAAAAGUUAACAUAAAAAUAUUUCUUCCUGCAAUACAAAUAGCACUGUCCAUAAAUGAUUUAAAGUUCACCAGCUCCUAUUUUUACAAGUACCUCUGCUUGCACAAACAGAAUAAAUUUUCUAAACUCC